CGGGGCGGACCCUGCGCAGGGCGGGCACCGCGGCUUUGACAGCGGAGAGAGAGACGCGAGCGGCGCGGCCCGGUAGAGGCAGCCGGGUAGCGCCCGGAGCCUGCGGAGGACUGCACAGCUCCGGCACCGAGCUGGGUGUGGACAAACUUUGACAGCCACCGCUGCAAUGGUAUCUUAUGAUCCAGAGAAGAUGCAGUGGAAAUGAAGGAGGGAGGGCACUGGGUGCCCUAAAGUGGGAGUGCCCUCCUGCAGCAGCCAUGUUACACUAUGCCUGGCAGCUCUACGGGAGGUGGUGCCGCUGGUCCAGUCCUUUUGUCCACCUUCUCACUCUGACUGUGGUGACGUUUGGUGUGCUCGCUCCUUUGAUUUGCCACCGACUCCUCCACUCUUAUUUUUAUUUGCGGCGCUGGCACCUGAAUCCCAUGAGCCAGGAGUUCCUGAGGCAGAACCAGCAGGAGGGUCAGGCUGCCCUCCAUUACUUUGAGAAGCUGCAGAUACCAAAUAUCUCCAAGGCCUCCGACACUGAAGCCUUUCGGCCCUUGCUACUGGUAACAGUUAUCACUGUGCAGAGGCGGGAUGAUUUCCACUAUGUCUUGCAGGUGGCGUCCCGUUUCCACCACCUCCUCCAGCAAUGUGGGACAAGUUGCCAGAGCCACCGUGUCCUCCUCUGUAACGUGGAGCCUGACCCCAGUCGUCAUCAGGACGUCAAGCUGCUGAGCAGCUUCUUUCAUAUGGUCAGUCGUGACAAAACCAGGGAGGUCCUUGAUCCCAGAGUGAACCAGUUUGAGAAGGAGAAGCAGGACUACGUCUUCUGCCUUGAGCAGUCGCUGUUGGCAUAUAACCCAGAAUAUGUCCUGGUAGUGGAAGAUGAUGCUGUGCCAGAGGAGGAGAUAUUCCCAGUCUUGCAGCACCUCUUGUUAUCCCGAUUCUCCAAACCAUACCUCAGAGAUGCACUCUACUUCAAACUUUACCAUCCUGAGAGGCUUCAGCACUAUGUCAACCCCGAGCCCAUGCGAAUCCUUGAGUGGCUGGGUUUGGGCAUGUUUCUGGGGCCUGUGCUGAACUGCGUGUACUCCUGGGCAGCUGGGCGCCCGAGCCUGAGUUGGCCCAUCAUCUUGUUCUUCGCUGCCUACAGCAUGGCACUGUCAGAACUGGUGGGACGGCAUUACUUGCUGGAGCUGCGCCGGCUGGCCCCUGUGCUGUAUAACGUUGUGCCAGUCACAGAGUGCUGCACGCCUGCCAUGCUGUUCUCUGCUCCUUCUGCCCAUCGUGCCUUAGGUUACUUGAAGGGGCUGCAGUGUCGCCAGGGUUUCGCUAAGGACAUUGCCCUCUACUCACUGCUGCGCACUAAGGGGGAGAAUGCCUACGUGGUGGAACCCAACCUGGUCCGGCAUGUGGGAAUGUAUUCCAGCCUUCGGCUAAAUGAUAACCCAAAACUGCUGUGAUGUCUUCAUGCCUUUCUAGACACAAAGCCCUGAAAACCUUGUCACUGAGCUGAGACACUGCAAGCUCAAAUGCCUAAUGCUCUGCCACUCACACCAAACAUCCACUGCCUCCAAGUGGACAGAGAACAACUCUUCAAAAAAAGUUUCUCAAGAAAUGAAGUUUAUCUACACACAGACCCUAAUAUAUAUUUCAAGCAAAUCACCAUGCAGCAUGUAUGGCUUGGACUAGAUGAUCUUAGUGGUCUUUCCAACCUUAAUGAUUCUAUCAUGCUAUGUGAGAGGAAAGUGGAGGCUUUCAGAUUAGGGUGUGGAUCAUCUACUCUCCUUCAUCAUGCUCAGUGAAAAGCUCUCACACCAUUAUGAACAGCUGUACUGCCUACUCUCCUUUGCAUUCAUUACAGAAUUCCUAGUUUAGGGCAGCAGCAAUGCUGGACAAAGUGAACGUGUCUAAUUGGAGUUAGUGAGGAGAAAAAGCUCUUUUUUGCCCAUCCUCACUAAGGUCUGAUGUCUGACCUCUCUAUUUCAAAGCCGCGGUUCUGAGCACAUCUUUCAAAAGCAGCAUGGAUAUAAGGACAACUUUCUCUGAAAAAUCAUAUAGGUUCUGCAAACGUUACUAAGUAUUUCAGUAUUUCUUACUGUCUCUCCUUAUAGAUCCUGUCUGAACCUAUACCCUUCCUUGUCUUUUUCCUCAGAACAGAGGCUGUUAGAAACUUGUCUCUGCUGCUUUGUUAAAGGUCAGCUCAGAAGGUAGGAAUAGGAAAACAGAAUAACAGCCACUGGUGUUACAUAGCUACGUCACAAAUGCACACUUUCGUAGGUACUUUUCCAUAAAUUAUAAACAAUACAUGAUUACUACCAUGUUGGUUGGUAUCACCACUAGUUGUAGAGGAUCCAGGUCGUUAAGAGCCUUUAUCAGCUGCUGAUUGGACUUAGACAUUCAACAGGAAUUUACCUUGACUUCCUAUCAGCACAGAAGCAAAGGGAAGAUUACAUCAAGUGCUGCCACAGUGCAAGAUCCUUAUUUCAUGUUGGAACUGUAAUUCACAGUUUUGUCAAAGUGGCUCACUCACUGCUCCUGGCAGCAAGCAAAGUGGCCGUAAGAAACAAAGCUAGCUGUUCAUAUAAACAAGCAACACAUCAAAGUGCCACUCCUCUGCUGACUCGUUAACUUAACCCGUUCUGUUUGUCAGGCAUUUGGGAUAGGUACUUUGUACCUUAGCUGUGAGCACAGUUAAAUAUAAAACCAUGGGGAUAAUAGAGAUCUCAUAUAGAAUCAAAACUGUCACCAAAAUGUAACUGAAAAAAAGCCCUCCUGGACUUCAGUGGGCUUUGACUCAAAUUCACUUUUAGGUGGAGUUUGGUUGAGCUAUACUUGAAAUCACUUUUGUAACUUCAGAAUGAACCAAGCACAGUAUUUUCGUUGAGUUUUGGUUGGGGAGGGUUGUUUGUUCCUUUAUUCUUGUCAAAGGAAGAACUCUACUUUGAAUUUUAUUUUUUCUCAGUCUCUACCAGGUGAUUUAAGCCUUCAGCUUUUAACAAGUCUUGUUGUAGGUGGGAAAGGCAUAAAAGUCCUGAGAGGUGAAUCAUUUGCAAACCUCCAGCUGUGUGUCCAUAGUGGGUAUUGAACACACAGUACACGUGCCCAACACAGGUUAGCCAAUUAGAAAUGGCUUCACAGCUUGGGGCAGUGCAUGCUGAGACAGAUGAACUUUGCUCGCUUAGUAGAUCAGCUAGGACACUUUUAUAUCUUCUUUGGAAAUCAGAUGUGAAUAAAGCUUGCUUGUGGAUUCCAUGUCAUUCCAAAGGUGAAACAUCUCUUCUGCCAGAAGACACAGGAAAAAUUGCACAGGCAGAACUCUUAGGUUUAUUCUUAGCUGCUGAAAACCCCAAAGAUAUCAAAAUGGUCACACAGAACCACCAGUGGCAUGUGGGCAAGCCUAUUCUUGGGCUUUAUGAUAACAAGAUAAGAUGGCAGGAUGUGAGUGUCGCUUUCUAUUUAUUCCACUAAGUGCCUGCACCUGCAAGUACAACUUGUUUGCUUAUGCUUCCUCAGCUAUGAAUGUUUCAGUGUGGUAUGCUUUCUCUUCACUCUUUUUUCAACUUUGUACUGUACAAAUCCAGAACAACACCUUGUUAUUUUCAUGAAGGUCCACUCAUUCUUGCAAAGAAAAUAUCACAGUAAGGUACUAUUUGGAUAUUAGGAAAAGUUUAUUCUCCGAAAGAGUGGUCAGGCGCUGGAAGAGGCAGCCAAGGGAGCUGGUUGAGUCACCAUCCCUGGAGGUGUUCAAGAAAUGUUUAGCUGUUGUACUAAGGGACAUGGUUUAGUGUGGAAAUAUUGAUGGUAGGUUGAUGAAUCUUGGAGGUAUUUUCCAACCUUCAUGAUUCUAUGGUUCUAUGAUUCUAUAAGAAGUGGGAUAGAGAAAUAAAAAAUGAAAGAAGGAAAAGGAAGAAAGAAACCCUAGAUAAGAAAGCAACAAACUAGAUGGAGUCAAUAAAUGUUUUGAUGUGGGAAAUAAUAUAUCAGUUUGUCUCCAUGUUAUUUUCCUUUUAUUUUGCCCUGUAUUACUUCAUCUGUUGUUCCAGUAGUCAGUCAUUUCACUAAGCUUCAUAUCUGAAAAUUGAGAACAUGAACUUGAGGCAUCCCUCCAAAACUGGAAAUCCAUUUAUGGAGCAAAAGAGCCAAGAGAGCUGGGAGAAUCAUUUGCAAACAGCAUGUGGAGGGGCAACAACUUCAACCUGCCAGUGAAAGAGUUCCCGAUAAGCCACUUAAGUGCCCAGUUCACCUUUACAAUGGAGGUGGUUCUUUCAUCGAGCCAGCUGGGAGCUAUUCCUGAGUUAUUCAGGUACCUAGUGCCCAUCGUGAUGUUGUGACAUCACAGACAAGCAUAUCUUCUGUGCUUUGGAACUCUGAAAAUGACUUGCGUUUUUUGUGUGUGUGUGUGUGUGUGCUACAUGUUUCAAUAGAGAUGACAAUUUGGAGAAUUGUACUUCAUCCUUGGAGAAAAAAAAAACAUGGGAGGUUACUGUUAGUUCCAAAUUCCUGCAGGAUUUUAUUCCACAGUUUGUGCUACAAGUGCAUUUUCAAACACCGAAGUCAUUUACUUCUCUUCUGCAUCAGGAGAGUGGAGCUGAGUUGUCAUAUCUCAGGCUAUGUAAGUUCAAGCAUCAUCUCCUUGAAAUACAGCCUUGAGGUUGUUCUAACUCACAUUCAAAAAAUCAGACCAACCAUUUUUGAAAUAAUAUGGGUUUUGCUGGAUGUUGGUUAAUUCUCAAUAGUUCUAGGACUAUUUUUCAAUGCAGCAACUAUUGCUUGCACUGGAGGAUUCCUGCUUCAUGGGACAGACAGCAGAACUCAACAUUCAGGGAAAAUUAUUCAAUUAAACAAAAAACUACCUCUGUUUCAGGAAUCAUAAGCAUGAUUCCUGGCAGAAAACAAAGUAUAAAUUGUUAGGUCUCCAUUAGAAUAGAAGCCCAAGAGGCUUUUCUAACCACAACAGGUAUCGAUUAUCUUAGUGAGAAAGUACUGCAUUUGAAGAGAGAAGGAGAAAGACUUUCAGUUAUGAGCUGCAAAUGGCCACACUGGCUAUUUCAACAGCAGUUUGUCUGGACACAAGGUGCUUCUGUUUAAAAUAUAGGAUUUUUUUUUCCUAAAGAUAUUUACUAGCAAGCUUUCUAAAAAAAUAAACAACAUUUGUAUCAAAA